CGAGCAAGCUUUCUCAAAUAGGCGCGAAAUUUGUAUCGUCUCGGAACCUCGAGCAAACGUGUGGUAAAUGUAGUGUAUUUUCGCUGUCUUAUAAGUGUCUGGAUUGUGAGAACUGUCCAUAAGAAUGCCCAUUUACGUGAGAAACCCGCCGAAAAAUGGUGAACUUAACACCGCCGAUCUGGACGAGUGGUGUAUCGUGGAACUUCAGGGCGAUCUCGAUGUGCGUGGCGAUCGCAUAAUGUCUGGCCAGUUUAUCGGCGAUCUGCUGUACAACAAAUACGGUCAACCGAUUCUAAUCAUUGGCCACCACAUACUGCAAGGACGGUUGCAGAAAAUCGAGAAACCCUUGCUAGUGGUGGAAAAGUGUGACCUAAAGCAGCGGGACGCCACAGACGGGGAUGAAACGAUGCUGGACAUCAGUCAGCUGCCGAUGACCCAAAGCCAGGAGCAGGAUCUGAACUCGACCGCUCACUCGAUCACCUCCAACCGGACCGUGCUCGAUACGACCGUCGCCAUCGAACACAAGGUGGUCCCGAAGGUGGAAUACCGUGUGAGGGCCGUGGUACGCAACAAGGUGCUGUUUAAGGCACGCCCCAAGCCCAUCAUUGCAAACGUUUCCAAAACGGUAUAGAAUUGCGGCAGUAGUGUUAAGUGAGCUUUAGAUAAGCAUUAAUAAACUUUUCUUAUAUUAUAUUGUAAAAAAA